UCUCUCUCUGUUCCUCUGAAGUUGGCAGCAAAAGCACAGUCCUGACUGAGCUCUCUCUCUGUCUAGGUUGGGAACGAUGAAGACGGAGAGCUUAUUGGCGUCUGCGGCGAUCAACAUCGGCAUGUCGAUGGUGAUUCUCUCGCUGUUCUCGAUUCUGAAGAAGCAGCCUUCCACCGCCCCCAUCUACUACGCCCGUCUCCUCUCCCACCGCCUCCGCCUGCCACCCUUCCAGCCCCCCUCGCUCCUCCGCUUCCUCCCCUCCGUCUCAUGGAUUCCCCGCGCCUUUCGCGUCUCCGAAGACGAAAUCAUCGCCACCUCUGGCCUCGAUGCUCUCGUCAUCAUCAGGCUUUUCAAAUUUGGCAUCAAUUUCUUUACGGUGUGUUCUGCUGUUGGAUUGUUGGUACUUCUCCCAGUCAAUUAUCUUGAAGGGGCACCUGCAAGUUCAAGUUCCAACUGCAUGGAUUCUUUUACAAUAUCCAAUAUUAGUAGAGGAUCCAACAGGCUUUGGGUGCAUUAUUCAUGCUUGUGCUUUAUAUCUCUCUAUGCACUAUACUUACUAUAUAAGGAAUAUAGUGAGAUAUUGGAGAAAAGGAUUCAACAACUUCGAAACUGCAGGCAUCAGCCUGAUCAAUUCGCUAUAUUGGUUCGAGAAAUUCCCUUUUGCGUUGAACAUCAGGCUCAAGGGUGUUCUGUAGAUCACUUCUUCUCUAAACACCAUCCAUACUCUUAUCAAUCAUAUCAAAUAUUAUAUGAGGGGAAUUACAUUGAGAAUUUGUUGUUACAGGCAAAAUCUAUUGCAAGAAAAAUAGAGGAUUUGAGACACAGGUCCAUGUGUAAGAAACGUAAAAAAAUAUUCUUGUUCUUUGGAGCAUUUCAAGAAUAUGCUGCGGAAAUAUCACAGCUUGAGGAAAGGCUUCAAGAAUUUUAUCGUAAAAUACGCAUUGCACAGUGUGAAAAUAUACUCACACAUCAGGAGUUGCCUGUUGCUUUUGUUACAUUUAACUCACGGUGGGGCACUGCACUGGCUGCCCAAAGUCAGCAGCACUCAAAUCCACUGCUUUUUAUAACUGAAAUGGCUCCAGAACCAAGGGAUGUAAUAUGGAGGAAUCUGGAAAUUCCAUACAGACAUCUGCCACUUUAUAAAAUUGCAGUCUUUCUUGCUACUCUAAUUCUUACAGUUUUCUUUGCCAUACCAGUCACUGCAGUACAAGGAAUUGCAAAAUUUGAAAAACUAAGGAAAUGGUUUCCCCCAGCAAUGGCUGUACAAUUAAUACCAGGGCUAAGGUCCAUUGUGACAGGCUAUCUUCCAAGUGUCAUUCUCAAUGGAUUUAUAUACACUAUUCCAUUUGCCAUGCUUGCAUUGUCUAACCUAGCAGGUUGUAUCUCAACAAGCAAUAGGGAUAUAAAGGCUUGCAACAUGGUCUUUUAUUUUCUAAUGGGGAAUGUGUUCUUCUUGAGCUUGUUGUCCGGAUCUUUACUUGAAGAAAUUGGAGAAUCUGUGAGCCAUCCUAGAAAUAUUCCAAGUCAUCUAGCAAGAGCAGUAUCUGCUCAAGCAGAUUUCUUUAUGACAUACAUCUUGGCAGAUGGGUUAUCAGGGUUUUCUUUGGAGGUUCUACAACCCACACUACUUCUAUGGGAUCUUAUAAAGACAUAUACAUAUGGCUAUGGGAAGAAGAAAAAUCCUUAUCUUUAUAUGCUACCAUACUUCAGAGUUAUUCCUUUUGUUUCCCUCUCAAUUCUGAUUGGCAUGAUAUAUGCAGUUGUCUCACCAUUGCUGCUUCCAUUUCUUGUUGGCUACUUCUUUUUAGGCUAUGCCGUUUAUGUUAACCAGAUUCAAGAUGUGUAUGAGACUGUUUAUGAGACAUGUGGACAAUAUUGGCCAUGCAUUCAUCAUUAUAUUCUUAUUGCAAUCAUUCUCAUGCAAAUCACAAUGAUUGGUCUUUUUGGACUGAAGUCAAAACCAGCUGCAUCCAUUUCCACUGUACCACUUCUUUUGUUCACUUUGAUGUUUAAUGAGUACUGCAAGAUUCGUUUUCUUCCAACAUUUUCUCAAUACUCUAUCCAGAAAGCUGUGGAAAAUGAUGAACUUGACAAAAAGGGUGGUCUGAUGGAAAUAAACUAUGAGAAUGCUCUCAAUGCCUAUCGUCCACCUUGUUUAACACCAGUGAACUUGUUGGCAUCAGAAUCAAGCUCGGAAUCAAGCUCAACACAGCCAUUAGUUUCUUCAUUGUGAUUGUCACUUGGUGUUUUUGCAGACAGUUUGUAUUUUAUUUUUUCAUUUAAUUUUUUUUAAUUCAUUAUUGGGUUACUAAGGUCAAGCUUAGGAUGUCCCUAUUCCAUCAACAUUUUUAUGCAGCUUGUUCACAUGAAAAGAUGAUCAUUGGGAAAAAGAGGUGGGGGAAUAAAAUACUUUACUGUUUUUUUGCUGAGUGUACUGAACAAGAGCUGGAAUGUAGACCAUAUUUGCAUUUUAAGUGGUCGUGAUGAACUAAAAUCCAAGGUUUUGGACUCUCUUCACUCCAUAUGAUUGACAAGAUAUUGAAGGGAAGGGAGGACCAAAAAAUUGCUGCAGCCGCUUCAGAGUCUUCACUGUAGUAAUAUUGGAAGGGUUUGGCUCUUUUGCUCUAUCUGUCAGACAAUCCAAGCAUUUUUGGAAUCAUCAAUGAUAUACACCAUUUGUUGA